AUGUUCGAAAUUCCGAGUGAAAAUCACGUUGAACAUCUUUUAACAUCCCCUCAGGCUAAGGGUAAAGGCCAAACGGGUUCAGACAAGCGUAACAUGGAACGUGUCGCGUUUUUGUUGACACCUGAUUAUAAUCCUGAAGCACUUAGGAUUUUAGGAUGUUUUACAUUCACAUUACUAUGGCUGCUGCCAGUGACGGUGUUUUCUGGGGUCCUGCGAGACUUGGAAGACUACACCGAUGAUCCCUGCAGGGUCUAUAAUAUGGAUAACCUUAUCCACUUGGAUUGUUCCUAUCGAGGACUUAGUGAAUUACCAGAUGGAUUAGAUUAUAACGCCCAAGUGUUAAUUCUGUCCAAUAACAACUUUGUGGAUUUUCCAGAUGGACUGGAAAAGUUCAAUAACGUACAAAGUUUGGAUUUAUCGGGGAAUCUUUUAACCACACCACUGCCUAAUUAUUUUCAAAAUUUGGGUAAUCUUAAAAUUCUUAAUUUGUCUAAUAACAAUUAUGUUUCAUGGCUAAGCAACAAUCAUAUCUCUAAUAUUGUUAGACUUGAUUUAUCUAAGAAUAAGAUAAACAAUAUCGAAGAAGGUGCUUUUGCACAAAUGCCAAAACUAGUAUUCCUCGAAUUAUCGGAAAAUAGAAUUGACAAUCUCCCAAAUGGAAUAUUUAGCAAGGCAACAAGAUUAGAAAUAGUGAUACUGUCAAGAAAUUAUUUCUCUGAAUUGCCCAGAUUUGAAUCUGUAUCUCUAAGAAAUUUACAUCUGAGCAGUUGUCAAAUUACUACACUCGAUGUUAAUGCAUUAAGUGAGAUGCGAUCUUUAUUGGAAUUGGAUUUGUCAAUAAAUCAGCUUGAAUCCAUUCCGGAUAAUCUUGCCUCAAAUUCAUUGCAGGAACUAGAUUUAAGUUACAAUGGAAUUGAUACAAUUACUGAUCAAACUUUCUCUUCACUGCCGCACUUAGCGGUUUUGGAUUUGAGAGGUAACGAAUUUAAAGAGGUCUGGUCUACUUCGCACUUCGCCUCAAAUCCAUUUUUGAGAACGGUUCAUGUGAAAGGAAACCGAUGGAGUUGCGAAGGGUUCAGCGUCAACCUUCUCUUAACGUAUGAAUUUUUGACAAAGGAACCGCCGAAAGUUUAUGACAUAGGUUCAUUGAUUUGUUACUCUCCUUCAAACGUCACGCAAAUGAGUUGGCAACAAGCUUACAUUCGAACGUGGCAUGCAGAUGAACAAUCACCAUCAACUUACACUUUCAUAGCUGUUAUGAUAGGAAUGAUCUUGGGAGUCAUUAUAACAUCUUUUGUUUGUAGAUUUGUAAUGUCUUUUAACAAACCUGAUCCACCUACAUCUAUACCUGAAACUACAGCAUUAAAUGGUACUACAAAUCAACCAAGGACAGAGUCCGUUGUAAUGCGGGUACAACUGAGGGAAGACCUACCACCAACUUAUGACGAAGCUCUUCUAUUACCCCGACUGAAUGCCUCAUUUCAUUCUCUUCCUGAUUUUAUAGAGGAAGAAGAAAUAGCAGAAAGUCGUGUACAAAGACAACGUAGAUCUAGAUCAAUAGGCGACUUAACAGAGACUAGACAUAGGAUCGAUGAUCGGCGAUCAGUGAGAAGAGCUGUUGAUAUUAAUUUUGACUAA